AUGAUAUUGAAAAGUAUAUUACCAUCUCAUUGCAUUAGAUUAACCCAUUUUUCAUUUAAUAGAUCUUAUAGAACAAAAUCAAUCAUGAAUUCAAUUAAAAAUUUAACUAUUAAUGAAUGGAAACCAGAAGAUUCAAUUUCCAAAAAGAUUAAAGAUUUAUUAAUACCAAUUAGUAAAAAUGGUACUAUUCCAAAGAUGAAUUAUAUGCUUGCAUUCUUACAAAUCAUUAAAUCAUUAAAAUUUCAGAAAAGAACAGGAUGGAUUGACCACGGCAUACCUGUUCUAAAAACUGAAAGUAUUGCUGAUCAUAUGUAUCGUAUGUCAAUUAUAUCAAUGAUGGUACCUCCAAAUAUUGAUUCAAAUAAAUGUGUCAAAAUUGCUGUUAUUCAUGACAUUGCUGAAUGUUUAGUUGGUGAUAUAACUCCAUUUGGUGGAAUUUCAAAAGAUGAAAAACAUAGAAGAGAAUGUGAAACUAUAAAUUAUUUAAGUGAAUUAAUAAAACCGUAUAAUGCUGAAUUUUCCGAGGAGAUGUUGGAAUUAUGGUUAGAUUAUGAAGAAAUUAGAACUAUUGAAGCUAGAUAUGUUAAAGAUAUAGAUAAAUAUGAAAUGAUUCACACUGCAUGGGAAUAUGAAUUAGAAUAUGGUUUGAAAUAUAAUUUAGAUCAAUUUUUUACAGCUAGAGCAGCUAUAAAAACUAAAGAAAUUGGAGAAUUGGCUGAUUCAGUAUUGGAAAAACGAACAAAAUUAAUGAAUGAUUUAAAAGAAAAAGAACAAGAAAAGGCAAAAGAGAAAUUAAAAGAUAGUAAGAUAACUACAUCAACAGAAAGUAAAUCAGUCGAUGUACAACCAACAUUAUAG